AUGGGAGUCGGCUUGUGGAGCAAACACUGAGCUCUGCGUUCCCAUUCAUUCAGUGCUGAACAGGCCCGCGGAGCUGCAGAGAGGCACAACCGGCCGGCUGCGACCCAACAACGACGUUUCUUUUUUCUUUUCUUUUUCCUCUUCUCGCAGACUCCCCCGCAACAAUAAGUAACAGACAGAACCCAAAACGCAACACACUGAGGAGAGAGAGAGAGAGAGGAGAUUUUUUGGGAUCUAUACGUUCGUGUUUCAUUUCAUUUCUCCAAGAACUUUCUUUUUUUUAUUCUUUUUUUAUUACAAUUCCAUGUAGGUCUGUCCUACAGAUCGGCCUCCCGAAGUGCGCAGCAGAUCUCCGGGUUCCUUCCCUCCUCCAUCAGAGCUCCACCGUGGAUUGUACUUUGCUUUAUCCUGGGACGAAUGCACGCAUAACCCACUGCUGAACUAACCCCCCCACCCAAAAACAAACAAACAACAUAAAUAAAUAUUAAAAAAGGGAAUAACGCAAAGGGAUACUCUCGCACUUUGGAUUACCAGUCCCCGUCUGGACAUUGGCCCUUUUCCCUUUUUGGAUGGAGUUCUGCUAGGCUGUCUGGUUGAUGGAUUCGACGUUAUGGAUGGUUGCAUAUAGGUUUUCCGAUGCAUGCCAAGUCCACGGUGAAUGUCGGAAGUGGUGAUCCCCCCAGAUGGAGCUCCAAAGUCAACAUGGCCCCGGCGGUUCAUUAGUGGUGAUCCAGCAGCCUUCCCUAGAGAGCCGGCAGAGGUCGGAUUACGAGCGGGAGCUCCAGCAUGCCGCCAUUCUCUCCCUGGACCAAAUCAAGGCCAUCCGCUCCAACAACGAGUACACCGAGGGGCCCUCGGUGGUGCGGAGGCCCCCAGCUCCCCGCAUUGCCCCCAGGCCCCAGGACAAGCAGGAGAGGACUCACGAGGUCAUCCUCGUCAAUGUGAACAACAAUUAUGAGCACCGGCCUUCGGGUCACCACCAUCACGUCGGGGGCGGCGUGGUGGUCGUGGCCGGGGGACAGCAGUACGGCGGGUCCCGGGCGCCGGGGCUCAGCCGCUCCACUAGCACAGGAAGUGCCGCCAGUUCAGGGAGCAACAGCAGCGCCUCCUCUGAACAGGGACUCUUGGCACGCUCGCCCCCCUCCAGGCCCGGUGUUGGCUUACAGCACCACCACAGAGCGGAGCGGCCUGUUCGGACUCAGCCCAAGCCCAAGGCCCUUUCACAGCCCCAGCAGGGACCUCACUUCCACCAGCCUCCACUAGAGGCUCCGCUCAAGCCACAGGGCAAAGGGAAAUCAGACUUUUCUGGCUCUGGCAACGGGCCUGUGGCUGCCGCCGGGCACCAGUUCAUCUGCGAGCGCUGCGGGAAGUGCAAGUGCAGCGACUGCACGGCUCCCAGGAGCCUGCCGUCGUGCCUGGCGUGCAACGGCCAGUGCCUCUGCUCGGCCGAGAGCGCGCUGGAGCACGGCACGUGCAUGUGCCUGGUCAAGGGCAUCUUCUACCACUGCUCCAACGACGAUGAGGGGGACUCCUGUGCUGACCAGCCCUGCUCGCUGUCACGCUCCCACUGCUGCUCUCGUUUCCUGUGCAUGGGAUUAAUGUCGGUACUCUUCCCCUGUCUGCUAUGCUACCCACCUGUCAAGGGGUGUCUGAAGGCGUGCCAGGGCUGCUACGACCGGGUGAACAGGCCCGGCUGUCGCUGCAAGAACUCCAACACUGUCUAUUGCAAACUGGAGAGCUGGGCCCCACAGAGCCAGGAGAAACCCUCCUGAUCGGCCCUGUGUGUUUGUGAUUGCGUGUGCGCGGGAGACUCUUGAUGUGGAUCUUAUGAUGACAAUGAUAAUGACGAUGAUAAGUCACAAAUUAAUGUUUAUCAAACAUUCUAAGCACCUCCCACCAGCCUCCCCUCCUCGCUGCGGAAACCUAAGGAGCUAAAGCAAAGGAGUAACGAAAACCACUCAAUUAUUUUUAUUUUCUCUGGAUCAGGACCAUGUUUUUACAGACCAGUGUUUGCCUUAACUGUUUCUAUGUCUGUCCUCAGCUCCUCAUUAACACUAUUUUUUUAUAUAUAUAUGAAAAAGUUUCUCUUCCGUUUUAGGUAGGCAGUUUCCUCUGGGCCUGUGUGCCCGGUGGCAGCUGCCUCUCACCAAAUCUGUGAAGGACGAUCUACUAUAGGGCAAUUAUGUAGCUGUUACCUGUUAUUCAUAGCGAGCAGGUAUGUUUGAAUUUAUUGGUUGCUACCACACUAAAACCGUGGUUCUUAUGCUCAUGAUGCAUUAACGAAAGCACAUCCAUCUCAUAGUAUUUUUUUUUUUUCCCACUUGGAUAUGUUUCUCUCCUUCCACCCAUCUGAACUCUUCAUACACAUUCUGUGGCAUUCUCCCAUGUUUGUUUGUUUUUGUUUUCUUUAUUUUUGUGUAAAUUGUAUGCUCAAAAAUCCAUAAGAGGAAUUCUGGCUAUUUUUUAAAAGAAAAAAAUGUCUGUUAAAACAUUUUUUUUUUGUUGUAAAAAAUAUUUAUUAUGUGAAGCUCUAUUAUUUUAUGAUAUUUAUUGCAAGAGACAGUCUUAAAUUUACUCAUGUCUGAAUAUAACAAAAUAUCAAAUACUUACUGAAAAAUUAAAGGGUGGCACAAAAGAAAACUAUGUUAACUUUAAU